AUGGAGGAACAUCCCGGAAAUAACCUGUCAAACAACACGCAGUGGAAAGCUACGGUAAGGACCGGCGUACAAGCCAUCGUCGAACCUGACGAGUUGGCCUGGAUGGAGGAUGAUGACUCCCCAUCUGAUGCGCAAUACAUUGCGCGCGCUCUUCAGGAUAUCGAAGCAAGAUAUGGCAGGCCUCUGUAUAAUCCUGCUGCUCAAGGCCGCGAACAAUUGGCAAUUCAGCUCGGUAAUCUUGCAUGUGUGCUAGUUCACGCACAUACAGAUGACUGCUCGGUAUCAUCUGAGAUGCCGUCGAUCGACACAAUCUCUGCAUUCGUUGCAGUCGCGAACCAUCUCUUAGAUGGACCGGACGAGGAAGUGACUGCGCGAGUUCGCAAGGCAGUCUUUGAUUCCCUGGCGAAGACCUUACGCCAUCACACAUCUGGAUUUGGUGGCGGGCGGUUAGAGCGCGUUAGCGAACUGAUUCUGCACGGCAUGAAAGAUGCGGAUCGUACUGCUCGUCUACGCGCAGGACAAUCACUUCUGGAACUCGUUAAACUCUACCAGAGAAUAGGAAACGGAGCAUCGAAGCGCACGGAACCUCUCUUCAACAAGUUAUACAGAUUGUUCGAACAUGCCAAUGAUCGUGUCAAAGAGACCACUAUCAUCACUCUAGGCCGUAUCGGGUUGAUUGCGACAGGAGAGGUCCUCGGCCAAGACGUAUGCUGCCUAAUUGCUCAGCUCGGACAGCCGAGCCCAAUUCUCAAAGGCACUACGCAUAUGCAGCUGCAAACUCUUGCCAAGCACCACAACAAGACCCUUUACAACGUGGUAUCGCCGUACAUGGAUCAGGUCGCUCCCUAUCUGGUCUCUCGGCUGUACACGCAACCGAAUCUCCUUGUGGAGACUUGUCGGCUCUUUGCUGUGUCACCUGUUGACUUUCUCUCCAUCACACUACACCGCACGAUGCCCCAAUUAUUUGCAACUCGCAACGUCAAAGUCCUUGACACGAUCUCGAGAGAACUCGAUGAGAGCACCUCCCAACUUUUCAUGAAGCAUUCGCAUCACAUUCUGGCGUACGUCUUUCGCCUCCCUGCACCGGGUGAAACGAACAAAGCGCUGUCAUUUAUCCUGGACAUGCUAAGGACAUCAGCUCAGAGGGAUAUUGAUAUCACGAGCGUGAUUCGCAGCUGCAUCGUUCCUCUACUAGCCGAACUUGUGGUGGUUAUGGGAGACGAGGACCCCGAUCAGGUGGACACGUUUCAGGCCAAACAAGGGUUAUUUAAAGUGGUCAAGAUAUUGCGACAAUCCCGAGAGGCAUCUCCGCAAAAAAUUGGAGCCUUCCUGGAGGAAUACAUGUUAGGCAUAAUCUCUCAUUUGAACGAUCUCUUGCAAGAUGUCUACGGAAAACGUUCCCUCGACCGCAAGAAGGCGAUAAUCUGCAGCAUGGGCCGAUUUGUCGCCGAAGUCGGAACAGCGGUCAGCAAUGUUGCUCCUCAGAUUAUGGCAACUCUGCAGACGACAUUGGUGAUUCCGCAGCUCGCGGAUGUCACGCUACAGAGCUGGUACACGUUCCUGACAACAUUGGACACCUCCGACCUUGGGCCCUACGUUGGACCAACCAGUGCAUCGUUUGUCGCCUACUGGCCUACAUUCUCCAUGCAAGGGCGGGAGAUUGCCAAGCAAUGUCUCGACUUCAUUGUCUCCGACAAAGGCGCGCAGCUUGGACGAUACCUCGACGAAGUUGUCGAAUUUGGGUUGAUCCCGCAACUAUCCACGACAUAUCAAGUCCUUCUAGCCUCACGUAGCACAUGGAGUGCAAGAGAGAAGUUCCGACGAACGCUUGAACGCGCCUUGAGCGAGAGUCAUACAGUCUCCAUUCAGUCCCUCUGUGAGCUGAAGUCACUGAUGUUGGAGAAUGACGAGGAGUUGAUCAGAGCAUUGACCUCCGGCGAUGUCUUCGAUCCAUUGGCUAGUCAGCUUCUCACUACGCUACUCUCUGUCGCUUGUCGUGAUGGCGAAGACACCGAAUCCCUUCGCAUGCUCGCAUUCGACUGCAUCGGCAUCUUGGGAGCGAUUGACCCUGAUAGACUCGAGAUCAACACUCAUCGUUCCCGCAAUGUGAUGCUGAGUAACUUUACAGACGAAUCGGAGUCAGUGUCUUUUGCUCUUCACUUGAUUAGAGACGUGCUGGUCGGCGCCUUCCGCUCGACGAGCGAUAUCAAAUAUCAGAGCCAUCUUGCCUAUGCGAUACAAGAGCUUUUGCAGUUCUGCAAAUUCACUCCUGCUUUGGUGAACCCAACGUCCACCGGCUCGAUUCCAUUGAAAGUUCGAAACCGAUGGAACAGCCUACCGAAGCACGUAUUAGAAACGAUCACCCCGCUGUUGGACUCAAAAUUCACGCUGGACCCACGAGCACCAGUUCAAGUAGAGCAUCCCGUGUACAAGACAAGAAAGUCCUAUCGCGAAUGGGUCCAGACGUGGACAAGCGAUCUUCUCACCAGAACGUCGGGAGACCGAGCAAGAGAUAUCUUUCGCGUUUUCACAGCGGUAGUACACAAUAAGGAUGUAGGAGUGGCUCACCAUCUCCUGCCCCAUUUAGUCUUGAAUGUCCUCGUGUCUGGCUCUGAGGAGGAUGCGCAGCAUAUACGCAAUGAAUUCCUUGAGGUUCUACGAGACCAGGUAGAACCCAGCAGUCAGUCUACACCUGAUAAGAAACUGCUCAGUGCACAAACAGUAUUCAUGCUCCUUGAUCAUCUCAACCAGUGGGUCCAAGCAGUCCGCCAAGAACUCAGUAGCACGAAGCCUGAAAAUAAGCGGACACGUGCGAAUGUGGCCCUGAACGAGGCGGAAGAGCAGCUUCUCAAGAUAGACUCUAUUCUGUCCAGCAUCGACUCGGCUUUGAUGGCGAAGGCUGCUUUCCAAUGCAAGGCGUAUGCGCGAUCUCUCGUGAACUAUGAGCGUCAAAUAUUAACUCUACAAGCUGGCGACGUUCAGCAUGCCGCAUUACAAGAUCAUUUGGAGCGCUUGCACGAGAUAUAUGCCCACCUGGAUGAACCUGAUGGCAUGGAGGGUGUGUCCACUUUCAUUCUCUCACCAUCCCUGGAGCACCAGAUUCGUCAACAUGAAAGCAUUGGUCGUUGGACAUCGGCACAGAGUUGCUGGGAAGUUCGCCUACAGCAUUCCCCGGACAACCUGGAUUUCCACCUGGGUCUCCUCAGAUGUCUACGCAACCUUGGGCAUUACGAUACGCUGCGGACUCACGUAAAGGGCGUACUAACUCGUAACCCGGGAUGGCAAUCAGAACUCGUCGGUUUUCAAGUCGAAAGCGAAUGGAUGAUGGGCAAUUGGAAUGAUGUCCGGACGCUCAUUGAAAACACCACAUCGGAAGCAGCGCCCGUCCUUCUUGCACAGGUCCUAUUGGCGUUUCGUAAUGGCGAUGCGUCCGAUAUAUCUACUGCUCUAUCAGCUGCACGCAAGGUGUUAGGUACUCCCAUUGUAGCUGCAGGCGCCGGAGGCUACCGCAGAUCUUACGACGCAGUGCUCAACUUGCACUUGUUGCACGAACUGGAAGCCAUACAUUCAGCGAUAGGAGGUCUCUUUGCCGAUGGGCAACAGUCGAUCAAUGCCGGAAAUGCACUAGAGCGUCUAUCGCGGUGUCUCGAUGCUCGUCUAGAGUCCACUCUUCCAACUUUUCGCACUCAAGAGCCUAUACUCAGUAUGCGAAGGAUGGUAUUUGGAUUGAGUGGAUCCGGCAAUCGAAACAUCGACAAUGUGGUCGGAGAAGCGUGGCUAGCCAGUGCAAAGAUUGCCCGGAAAGCAGGCCAUCAGCAGACUGCUUUUAGUGCCAUUUUACAGGCCCAACAAUGCAAAGUUCCAUACUCAUUCACUGAGUCUGCCAAGCUCACCAAAGCUGGCGGUGAACCUCUCAGGGCGUUACAAGAAUUAGAGAAUUACAUGCGAUUAUUAGGCAUUUUAGAAGACGGGACUAAUGUAAUCGACCUCACGCAAGACAUUGAUGACCCGAAAUUGAAGGCGAAGACCCACGUCCUCCGUGCUCGAUGGAUGAACGACUCGGACCGGUACGAUAUCUCGUACGUUUUGAAGGCGUACAAGCGCGGAUCAGACUUAUGGCCUAAGUGGGAAAGUGGACAGUUCCAUGUAGGGCGCUUCCAUGAUGAGUGUUUCAAGACGCUUUCUCCCGCAGACCAGCAGGACAGAGGAACGAGAAUGAAUUUGCAGACUGUGAAAGCGUUUGCCAAGGCGAUCAGAUACGGCUCGAAGUAUAUAUAUCAGACCGUUCCGCGUUUGCUCACGCUCUGGCUCGAUAUGGGAGAAAACAGUGUUAUCUCCACAGGGAACAUUUUCCCGCGUAUCAACGAUGAAGUCGCCAAGGCCAUCAAGUCAGUGCCAGUGUAUAAGGCACGUCUGCUCAAGGAUGAUUGGUACACUGCAUUCCCUCAGAUAGUGUCCAGAGUCGGCCAUGGGAAUGAAUCCGUCCACGUUGUCCUGUCACGGCUCAUCUCAAUGGUCAUCCAAGAGUAUCCAAGACAAGCACUCUGGCUAUUCGUGUCGGUAGUCAAGUCUACAAAACCACAGCGAGCUUCCCGAGGCAAGAGCAUCCUCGAUUUGCUAAGGGCUCACAACCGUGACAACGUUGCGACGCUCAUCAAUGAGAGCCUGAAGAUGUCAGAAGAGCUCCUUGUCCUCACGAAUCGCCCCGUACGAGAUGACAAGAAGACCAUGAGUAUGGCCAAGGAUGCGCCUGCAUUGCUCCGUCUUGCACCUUCACAACUUAUUAUACCGAUCCAAGAGUCACUCAUCGCUAGCCUUCCUCCAACAUCCUCGUCGGAUGCUAAUUACCAGCCCUUCCCGAUCAAUGCGCCGACGUUUGCGAGGUUCCAGGAUGAGAUCGACAUCAUGAGAUCCCUAGCUAGGCCUCGCAAGAUUACUAUCCACGGCAGUAAUGGUCAGAUCUAUAUGUUUUUGGGAAAGCCGAAGGACGACUUGCGGAAAGACGCGAGAUUGAUGGACUUCAACGCCAUUAUCAACAAGCUUCUCAAGUCGAAGUCGGAAUCACGCCGCAGACAGCUCCAUAUUCGUACAUACGGAGUGGUUACGCUAAACGAGGAAUGCGGUUUCAUCCAAUGGGUUCCAAACACUGUUCCUAUCCGAUUCAUCCUAACCAAGCUAUAUGAUAGGCGAGGCACGAAGAGCUGGUCGAACGAGCUGCAAGCCACUGCCGCCGAGAUCAAAGGCAAGACCGUUGAUAAGGAAGCCGCUCAAGUCUUCCAGGACAAAAUUCUGGCCCGCUUUCCUCCCGUCUUUCAUGAGUGGCUCAUCGAGACCUUCCCUGAACCUACGGCCUGGCUUACGAGCAGAUUGGCAUAUAGCCGUACUGCAGCAGUCAUGUCGAUGGUCGGGUUCAUUCUUGGGCAAGUGACUUUCAUCUCACUGGGUGAUCGUCAUGGCGAAAACAUCCUCCUCGACACCAACAAUGGGGACGUCGUCCACGUGGACUUCAACUGUCUCUUCGAGAAGGGAAAAACACUCGAGAUUCCCGAACUGGUGCCGUUUCGUUUGACGCAGAAUAUCGUUGAUGGACUUGGUGUUACCGGCACCGAAGGUGUCUUCCGGAUUGCAUGCGAAGUGACUAUGCAGCUGCUCAGAGACAACAAGGAUACGCUCAUGAGCGUCCUCGACGCUUUUAUUCACGACCCGUUGGUUGAGUGGGAGGAUGAGAAACGCAAGAGGGAACAUUCACGCAGCAACAUCAGUCGUUCUACGGUGGAUCUCCGCAAGAUGGCCAUGGAUGCUCUGCGGCCCAUCGAGAAGAAAUUGAACGGAAUCUAUACAACGAGCCGGGAGAGGCCUGAGAAGGAGACGUCGACGAGCAGUCUCGUGGAGAUGCUGAUACGGGAAGCUACGGAUAAUACGAAGCUGUGUCGGAUGUAUGUCGGCUGGACGCCGUGGCAUUAG